AGGUUGUUUGGGGUUAGCGUUUGCAGUGAAUCUCCUUUACGCUUGGAUCUUUUGGCGAGGCUCCAUCUUCACCUCUGAUUACUGCCUAGUUCUUCCGGUCUGAACGAAUAUGCUCUCCUCCCUUGUGAAAGAAAAUGCUGAAAAGCAAGCGAAAAUCAGAGAAAUGAAUGACAACAAUAGAAAGGAGGCACUUGCAGCUACAGAGACUGUCACGAACUUGAUGACAGAUUCGGUUCAGUCAAGCAUGUUGGAAGUCUUUGCAGCUCAGAAGAAGUUGGAGAAGGAGGUGAAAGGAUUGCAGAGCAACACCCAUCACUUUUCCCGGCAAACUCACCAGUGGUAUGAUAUGAUCACGGAAUUCAAUGGGGGUCUCAAGGAUGUCGGGGACUUUCAGAAUUGGGCCAAAACCGUCGAAUGGGACAUGAAGCACAUUGCGAGCGCGCUGGAUUAUGUCUCAAAAACAGAGAGCUGACAACGGCCCGGGUGACACUUGAGCUGAUCGGAGUCCCGGAUCCACUGACUUUCAGAGAUAAUCAAGUUGAGCCGUUGUGCCUGUCACAGUGCGGCCUCCGAGGCUGAGCCUGUAUUAAACUGGAUGAUCACGGGUG